GCCGCAAGGAGUGCGGCGACAAGCCGGCUGACGUCAUCAGCUCGCGCCUGCAUCGUCCCAGUGUGUCGGUGUUACAAGCGCUGAGGAGGAGAGUAGCGAUCGGCCAGGGUUAUUUCCGUCCCGCUCUCUCGUCGCUUCACAGAAUACGUAGAUUCAUAAUUUUAUUGUUUUUAACAGAACAUGUUGGCAUUUUUGUAACUAGUGUAGCUGUCGGAAGACGUACUAUUAAUUUAUUUGAAGAAACAGAGUGAGAAUUAGUCGAAAACCCAGUGGAGAGUGUACUGCUAGCUACAUAUAUACAUUGCCGAUAGUAAGGCCAGGGGGUGUUAAACGACUCGGGGGAAAGAAGCUGAGGAACCAGUGGCGGACCGUCCGUCACCGGUGACUUCGAGCGAAGCAAGGAGAGCCGGCUCAAAAUGCCAAGCCCUGCCCACCCUCAGACGAUCUAGCCAAGGUGCAGGAGGUAGCAAGCUGGCUUUUGGACAUGAACGAGGACCUGCUGUCAGCGGGCAGCAGUCCGCGGCCGGGGGCCGCCUCCUCGGCCCGGGUGCCCCACGAGGCGGGCGAGGAUGCUGAGGAGGAGGAGUAUAUGGACCGGGAGGCGGAGGAGCGGCCAGCUGGAACUGCGCACGCCAUGGAGGGGCCCUGGGCCCCCGGCGAGUUGUCGCGGCACAGUGACAGGGAGGGUGCAGGCGACGCAGAGGGCCAGGUGAACGGUGCAGACGGGCGAGGGAAGGGCGCCCCGUGGACGUGGCUUCGGAACCAGGAGCAGGAGGAGAACAACAACUGUGACGGCCGAUGCCAUUCCAGGCAGGACGACGCACAGCGGGCCUGUACCUGCCGUGGGGACGAGCACGCCAAGGAGGAGAACGAGGAGGACCUGGCCGAGGAGGAGCGAAUGGACCAGGGUAGUGACGACUUUGAGCACUCUGAGGAGAGUGGCAGGGAGGAGGAGGAUGAGCAGGAGGAGGAGGAGGAGGAGGAGGAAGAGGAGGCUGGCGCUCACAUCCACUCCUCCUCCCUCAGGAACAAUGUCGUGGACCCAAAUGAGAACACGGAUCUGUCCUCAGCACAGCCGCUCCGGCCCGCUUUCUCACUCAAGAGCAAGAUGAAGAGGAAGUUGGACCAUGGCCCCGAGGUCCGAUCUUUCCCUUCAGGAAAAAAGCCCUGCAAAGGCUCGGAAUACCCAAGCCCCGCAGGCAUCUACCCGGCCACCCCCACCACCUUCAAGGACCUGCGAGCCGCCAACGGCCAGGGGCAGCAGCGCCGCCGCAUCACCUCCAUUCCCCCGCCCUCAGGGCUGCAGGACUGGCUCCGCACCUUUCAGAGCUGGAGUGGCACGGAGAAGCUGCUGGCGCUGGACGAGCUCAUCGACAGCUGCGAGCCGACGCAGGUCAAGCACAUGAUGCAGGUGAUCGAGCCGCAGUUCCAGCGCGACUUCAUCUCCCUGCUGCCCAAAGAGCUGGCCCUCUACGUUCUUUCCUUCUUGGAACCCAAAGACCUGCUGCAGGCAGCUCAGACCUGCCGCUACUGGCGCAUUCUGGCUGAGGACAACCUGCUGUGGAGGGAGAAGUGCAGGGAGGAAGGCAUCGACAAGCCCCUGCACGUCAAGGGGAGAAAAACAGUCAAACCUGGCUUCACCCACAGCCCUUGGAAGAGCGCUUACAUCAGGCAACACAGGGUGGACACUAACUGGAGGAGGGGGGAUCUUAAACCUCCCAAGGUGCUCAAAGGUCACGACGACCAUGUGAUCACCUGCCUGCAGUUCUGUGGCAACCGCGUGGUCAGCGGCUCGGACGACAACACGCUGAAGGUGUGGUCGGCCAUCACCGGCAAGUGCUUACGGACGCUGGUGGGCCACACCGGGGGUGUGUGGUCCUCCCAGAUGAGGGACAACAUCAUCAUCAGCGGCUCCACAGACCGGACACUGAAGGUUUGGAACGCGGAAACGGGCGAGUGCAUCCACACUCUGUAUGGGCACACGUCCACCGUGCGCUGCAUGCACCUGCACGACAAGAGGGUGGUGAGUGGAUCGCGGGACGCCACCCUGCGCGUCUGGGACAUCGACACAGGCCAGUGCCUGCACGUGUUGAUGGGCCAUGUGGCGGCAGUGCGCUGCGUGCAGUACGACGGGCGGCGCGUGGUCAGCGGGGCCUACGACUUCAUGGUGAAGGUGUGGGACCCCGAGACGGAAACCUGCCUGCACACGCUCCAGGGCCACACCAACCGCGUCUACUCGCUGCAGUUUGACGGUGUCCAUGUGGUGAGCGGCUCCCUGGACACGUCCAUCCGGGUGUGGGACGUGGAGACGGGCAACUGCAUCCACACGCUGACGGGCCACCAGUCGCUGACCAGCGGCAUGGAGCUCAGGGACAACAUCCUGGUGUCGGGCAACGCCGACUCCACCGUCAAGAUCUGGGACAUCAAGACGGGCCAGUGUCUGCAGACGCUGCAGGGUCCCCACAAGCACCAGAGUGCCGUGACGUGUCUGCAGUUUAACAAGAACUUUGUGGUGACCAGCUCGGACGACGGCACGGUGAAGCUGUGGGACCUGCGGACGGGGGACUUCAUCCGCAACCUGGUGACGCUGGAGAGCGGCGGCAGCGGCGGCGUGGUGUGGCGCAUCCGCGCCUCCAACACUAAGCUGGUGUGUGCCGUGGGCAGCCGGAACGGCACCGAGGAGACCAAGCUGCUGGUGCUGGACUUUGACGUGGACAUGAAGUGAGGCCCCGCGGGGACCGGCGGGGUCUCUGGGCCGGGCUUUUCCAUGGGGUCCGUCCUCCAGCCCCCACCCUCGGAAUAAGGGCCGGGCCCCUGCAGCGGAGUGGCCCGUGUCCCCCGGAAAGGCGUCGGCCUGAGGCGGGGGAGGUGGGGAUGGCGGAGCCGGCGUGAGGGGGGCCCUGCAGGGGACUCGUCCGGUGAGCCGGCGGGGGCAUGGGGUCGCUCAGCGCAGUGGGGACGGAGUGGGGGGCCGUCGCAGUAUGCUAACUAGUGUAAUAUAAUAAUUAAAGUAACAUAGAGUGUUGUAAAGGGGAGAAAAAAG